AUGGCCCGAGAGAUAUUCAUUGAAAGAUUUAACAAAUUAUCUAGAACUUCAACAUAUGAAUCAAUUACUAAUGAUAUUAAUGACUAUUUCUUUUCUAAAAAAUCAAAUUUUAUUGAACAACUUAUUCCUGCAAUUGUUAAAGAAAAAUAUGAUGUCAUUAAAUACACUAAAAUAUGUCAAUUUAUAGAUGCUUUUAUAUUUAAAUAUAAAACAUUUACUAUUGCCCAUGUAGCUGCUAUUGCAUUUAUUUUACUGGACCCAUCUAAAAACCUAAAAGUUAAGAGGAGUGAUGCUUCGAAAUAUUUUACUAAAAUAUCAAAAGCAAAUUCGAAAGAAUUAAAGAGAUUAGAAAAAGAAACUGGUGUUGAUAGUAAUGGUUUAUAUAGUAUUGAUGAAUUUAUUUCAUUAUAUGAAAAUGUUAAUGAAGUUCAAUUAGAUUCUUCUACAGUUAAACAAUGCGUUUUAGAUUGGUCAUUUAAAUCAUUAUUUGAUCAAUACGCUAAAGGAAAAAAUUAUAUUAGUGAUGGCGAUGUAUUUGAAGGAUUAAAAAAUCAAUUUAAAGUUAAAGAACAUGUGAAUGCUUUAAAAGUAGUGAUUAAAUUAAUGGACACGUCUCGUGUACAUAAAUUUAGAUUAUAUGAAUUUAAUGAGUUAUGUCUUCAAAUUGCUUUUGUAGAACAGAAAGUUGGACUUAAUAUCUUUUCAUUAAAUGUCAUAUCAUUUAGAUUACUUGAUACUGAAUAUAAUGGAUUUUUAACAUUACAAAAAUAUUCAAGAUUUCUUCAAAAAUCUGGAUUUGAUAUUAAAAAAGAUAGUGUUAAAAAAUCUGUUAAAGAGCUUGACAGUAAUGGUGAUGGUGUUCUUCAAAUUGAUGAAUUUAUUCAUGUAAGUAAUGGACUAUGCAAAUCUAAAGUACCAGCUUAUUUCCUUAAUAAUUUAAGAGCAAGAAAUCAAACUGAUUUAAAAUAUGAUAGUGAACAACCCCAAAAUAUGAGAACCUCAAUUCAAAUAUUAAGAAAUGAUAAUACUAAAAAAGAAAAGAAUCGUACUUUGACAAGAACAAUAAUUACAAGUGAUGAAUAUUCUAAACUAUUUGAUGACCUAUGUCCAACUCAUCAAAUGGAUAUCAAUAGUCUUAGAAGUGCUUUAAUAACUGUUAUUGGAGAAACAAACACCAAAGCAUUAAGGACUGCUCUACCAGUUAUAUUUAAUGUUGGAAAUAUUAAUUGUGAUGGAUACUUAGAUAAAGAAGAGUUUAUUAUUUUAAUGACUGCGAUUGGAAAAUGUAUGAAAAAUAAAGUAAUUACUGAAAGAGAUAUGUAUGAAGUAUUUUUUCAUUGUGUCGAUGGAGAUCAUGAUGGUUUAAUUAAUAAUCAAGAAGUCUCAUUCUUAGUUCAACAAAUAGAUGGAGAUACACUAACUGAAGAAGAGGCAAAUGAUUUAGUUAGAACGUAUGAUGAAACAGGAAAAAAAGAAUUAAAUUUGGAAGAAUAUUUAUGUUAUUUUAUGCAAUUGGAUGAAAUUAAAUUAGAUGACUCAGAAGAAAUAAAACAAGAAAAAAUGAAACGACAAAUUGCUAAAACAUUUAGAUUAAUUGAUAAGGAUUACUCUAAAUCAAUAGAAUAUGAUGAAAUAUUAAAUUAUGUUAUUAACACAGUUGGACAAAUAUCACAAACUAAUAAAAUUUGUCUUAGUACAAUGUUUUAUGUUUGUGAUCUUGAUGAAAAUAGAUCAUUAGACCCUGAUGAAUUCUUUCAAUUUUAUUAUUUAUUUGAAUAUUAUGUCGAUGAAAAUGGGGAAUUUGAUUGUGUUUCUAUUUAUGUUGAACUCUUUGAUAUGCUUGAUGUUAAGAAUGAAAAAAAAUUACCACGAUGUGUUGUUGAUAAAUUAUUAGAAAAAAUUGGUCGUCCUGAAUCUAUUUCAAAUUUCAUGAUCAAAUAUGACUUAAACAAAAAUGAUUUCAUUCAAACAAACGAAUUUGUCUUAGCUUUCUGUGGUAAAUCUCUUGAUGAUGAUAUUUAA